AGACAUAUAUUUAAGAAGACCGAUCCCGACGCCGCCUAUACCGACUCCAAGAGAAAGAAUAGUUUCAGCACCACCAGCGCCCGCAGCCCUUAUCUUUGCGUGAAAAGCGGUCCUCUGGCCUACAUGACCUUCCAAAGCCUGCACGCGCUCUGGGUUAGCUUUAUGCAGGAACUUCGGGACCUUGGAGGGUCUGCGGCUAGGGUUGGGUGUUUAUUGACAUCUUCAUCUCAUGGCGCGAAGCUUGUUAGUGCGCAUUAUCAUGGGGCGGAGGUAGAAGUUGUAAGGAGUCGGUCUUCGGGGAGGGUGGGGUUGAAGGGGAUUGUGGUGAGAGAUGCGAAGUUUACAUUUAUCAUUUUUAUGGUAAAGGGCGAGGUUAAGACUGAGUGGUUAAUUGAGCAUACGGUUCUUAAAUUUACUGUGCCGCUACCAGUACCGACGAUCGAGGAGUCUGUUCCCGAGAAAGCGAAUAUAGAAGAAACACCGAAUAUGUCAAUAAAGCUUGUCAUCCAGCUAUACGGGAGUCAAUUUGCGAAUCGGCCUGUGGAUCGGGCGAAUAAGAAGUUCAAGUGA